AUGGAUCACAGCAGGAAACUUGGAGAUGUCAAGCUUUCACAAGUAACUUUCCGAGCGACAAUCAGAGAUCGUGACACCGCAAAAGCAAAAGACUCCGCAGGUACAAAAGGAAUGCCCGUAAAACCUCAGCAAAGUGACACAAAGCAGCCUACAUCAUCUAUCAGCCUGAAGGGUCUCUUAACUGCUCAACGAAUUACAAGGGAACUAAAGAACAGAGCAGCUUUAAGGAGAAAAACAAGAGUCCGUGCCCAACAACGGAAGGCAGUGACCAUCAUCAACGAGCAGGUUCCAGCGUCAUCUGCAAACCCCAAGCAGAAGUUCCCGUAUGCACAAGCAAAGGAGCUUAUUGAUGAAUUCUUAGCCUCAAGGCUCAGAGAUGUGACUUACGAUCCUGACACAUGUGCCAGCCUUACCAAGGACUUGUGUGAAGAGGCAAAAAGAAUUGUACGCAGAUUAACGCCUCCCAGAUACAAACUGAUCUGCAACAUGGCCAUCGGUAGCAAACAUCGAGAGGACGUUACGGUGACCAGUCAGUGUUUGUGGGACUCGCACUCAGACAACGUCACCUCCUGCAGUUAUGAGAACCGCACGCUGUUUUGUGUUGUUUUGGUGUAUGCGGUGUACUUUGAAUAAUAUUU